AUGAUUCUAAUCUACUUGCUCGUGUUUCUUCUAAUAUUGCCGCUACCGGCGGCGACGAACCCGCUCGCUUCAUUGUGCCUCGGCUUUUGCCAUUGCGAUCGCGACAUCGUCGAUUGUGGAUCAUUGGAUCUUACCGAAGUGCCGCUCAACAUUCCCAACAAUACACGAGUAUUAAUCCUAAGCGACAAUGAAAUUGAUUCAAUCGAUGCGACACGAUUCCGAUAUUUCGGCAACCUUCAAGUUCUCGAUCUUUCUAAUAAUAUUGUGCGCAAUAUAGGCUCAGAGCUUUUUAAAUAUCUUCCAAACCUUCGAACUUUAAGUGUUCGAAAAAACCGACUCACGCGUAUACCAUCUGGUAUGGAAAAGUGCAAGCAUUUAGAUAAACUUGAUUUACGAUCAAAUGUAAUAUCUGAGGUUUCCCCGAUUGAUCUACUCACAAUUACGGGAAUUCGACACGUGGAUUUGUCGCGAAACUUGAUUGCAGUUCUUCCGAAAUUGAAGAGCUUCCAUCAAAAAUCUGUGACAGAACGACUUGACUUAGCAGCCAAUGUGAUCUACGACAUCGGUUCCGAUCUCUUCCUUCCAUUCCAGUCUCUCAUUUCCCUACGCCUCUCCAGAAAUCGACUGACAUUUUUGGACCAAAAUUCAUUUUCAAAACUUCCCAGCGUUGAAUCUAUUGAUCUUUCAAGAAAUUUAAUCAGGGACAUUCGAUUUCUUGCGUUCAACGCGUUGCCCUCAUUGAGAACCGUGAACUUGGACAGAAACGACAUUUCAUUACUUGAUGAUGGAAUGUUCUUUGCGUGCGAAUCCCUGGCCCAUCUGAAUUUGUCAACGAAUCGAGUUCAAUCGGUCACAGAGGGGUGGAUGUUCGGACUGGUCAAUUUGGAAACAUUGGAUCUUUCUUACAACCAAGUUCGGUUGUUUCAUCCAAACGCGUGGUCGCAUACACCUCGUUUAAAAUGGUUGUCUCUUCAUUCGAAUCGCAUUCAAUCCCUGCCAUCCGGCUCAUUUCGAGCUCUUCACCAUCUCGAAGAGCUCAUUCUUUCCGCGAAUUCAAUAGACAGCCUCCACAAAUUUGCACUAAUUGGAAUGGGCAAUCUGAACAAAUUGGAUCUUUCGUCGAAUACACUUGCAGUGUGCGUUGAAGAUGGAGCAGUUCUUUAUAAUACCUCAAUGCCAUUUUUGAGAUCAUUGAAGUUUCGAAAUAAUCAACUUCGAGUGAUUCCGAAUAGAGCUUUCGAAAGGUUCCCAUCGUUGGAAGAGCUUGAUCUCACUGAAAAUCCGAUCGCCACAAUCCAUCCAAACGCAUUUGAGCCUCUUCAGCUCAAGAGCUUAAUAAUGAAUUCUUCGUCGAUUCUCUGUGAUUGUCAAAUAUCUUGGUUUGCCACGUGGAUUUACAAACUUCAGCUGGAUCGACAGAAAAUCAUAGCGAAAUGCUCAUUCCCACUUCCGCUUCAGGGUCUCGAUGUUAUUAGUAUUGAUAGUGCCAAUUUGACAUGCUUAGAUGAUUCCCCGAGACCUAAAAUAGUACGCCAGCCUGAAGAGAUGACAGCGUUAGUUGGACAACAAGCGAGAUUCAUGUGCAACAUUUAUGGAGAGGGUCCUUUAGUGGUCGAGUGGCGAGUAAUGGAUCGAGGAAUUGGAAGAGUUCUAGUUCAAGAUUCUCAAACUUAUAUGAGCAUCAACACCACUGCAAUUAUCAACGGCACAAUGAAUGGAAGGGAACUUGCCGCCGCGGAUUUGAUUCUCGAUAACGUGUCUCUUGAGGAUCGUUCUGAAUACCAAUGUGUAGCGCGAAACCGCUUCGGAUCCGACUUUUCACCGACCGUCAGACUUACUGUUCUGGAGCCGCCGAGAUUCUUGAACACGCCAAGCGACAUUUCGAUAAUGGUUGGACAGAGUGCAAAGUUCCAAUGUUCAGCGACAGGUGACCUACGAUGGGCAUUCGAUGGUGGUCAGUUCCCAGCGGCAGAGGGCAGGCGUCUUUAUGUAAUGCCGCAUGAUGACCAUUUGUACAUAAUGAACGUGAGUAUGCUUGAUCAAGGUAUAUACACAUGCCAUGCGACAAAUGCAGCUGGGGCCAUUCAAGCAAGUGCACGACUGCGGGUUUUUGACAACUUAUUUUAUAAUAUAUUGGAGUCGCAGAAGCUGUAUGAAGGCGAGUCGCUUGUUCUUGAAUGCAGAGUAAAAAUUAUACCAGAAGUCCAACGGCUUUUAUGGAAAAAGGAUGGGAAAGUCGUAGCGGAGAAUACGCAGAUUUUUCGAGUUGAUAAAGUUCUCAAAAAGCAUUCUGGCGAGUAUUCUUGUGAAUUGUGGACUGAAGAUACGAUUCUGAAUAAACAGUCGAGUAUUGUACAGGUUCUCUCAGAUGAUGAUCCAAAAUUGUCCGGCAUUUCCAAAAAAGCUCAUCAACUCCAAGCCAUGGCUUCCAGUCUUGUUCGAAGUAUGACGGGGUCUGCUCCGAAUUAUCCGCUGCUUAUCGCUAUACUUGCAUUUUUAAUGUAA